UUGGGCGGUCACGCGACGCCGCUGGAGGCCGCCUUGCGAUUCGAGGCUGGCUGCUUCCUGGGCACCCCCAGCUUUCAGGUGGGCGACUGAGCCGAAGCCGUCCCGCUCACGCUUGCGCGCGCCCCGGCCGCUGGCUUCCUAUUGAGGGCUGCGAUGGCGCGCCAGUCGGGGUACGAUCCUUUUUGGGCCUUCCAACGUCACCAUCUUCUCCCCCGAGGGACGUCUGCACCAGGUCGAGUAUGCCUUCCAGGCGGUCAAGAAGAGCCAGAACAUGACCUCGGUGGCGCUGCGCGGAGACGACAGCGUGGUCAUGGUGACGCAGAAGAAGGUGCCCGACAAGCUCAUGGACGGCAGCUUCCACACGCAUCUCUACAACAUCACCCCAGAUAUCGGCUGCUGCAUGACUGGCAUGUCCGCCGACGCGAGGGCCUUGGUGUUGCAGGCGCGCGAGACUGCCGCCAAAUUCAAAGACGAGAACGGCUACCCAAUUCCGGUGCACUAUCUGACCCUGAAGAUCGCAGACAGGAAUCAGCUCUGGACGCAGAAGGCGUACGGCAGGCCCUUUGGCAUCAGCACCAUGUUCUGCUCCAUAGACGACGAAAAGGGCCCCUCGCUCUACCAGGUCGACCCGGCGGGCAACUACUUCGGCUACAAGGCCUGCGCCGCAGGCACGAAGGAUGACCAUGAAGCGAUAAAUGCUCUGGAGAAGAUUGUGAAGAAGAAGCUGACGCUGACAGGUCCAGAGACCAUCCAGCAGGCAAUCAAUUGCCUUCAGACGGUCAUGGGGAUGGACUUCAAGCCUUCAGACAUCGAGGUUGGUGUAGUCUCCAAGGACAAGGCUGGUUUCUAUCGCCUGACCGAGUCUGAGAUAGACACUCAUUUGACCGCGAUUGCCGAGAAGGACUGAGUGGCAUACGGCUAGUCGAGGAUGGGACAGUGGGAGGAGAGGAUGACGGCUCCGGCCCCGCGCUGGGAUCGCCCUCCUCGGAGAUGGACGGCAGCCUCCUCCGCUCGGAGCCUGCCUGGGCGGCUGCCGAGCCGGCCGCGGAUGCGGGAGGCCUGGUGGCGCGAGGGAAGCGGGAGAGGUCGGGGCCGA